AUGUCUAUCUAUCUGUUUAUUUUCUUUCUGUCUUUCGUUCUUUCAAAGUCGUUGAAUUAUCUAUCUAUCUAUCUAUCUAUCUAUCUAUCUAUCUAUCUAUCUAUCUGUUUAUUUAUCUGUUUAUUUCCUUUCUUUCUUUCAAAGCCAGUAAAUUAUCUAUCUAUCUAUCAAGCUCAUUCGGUUCGGGAAAUUAUGAUAAUAUAUAAGGCCUUUUCUACUGUAAUUUUUUUCAUUCAAUUCGUCUUUAUCUAUCUAUCUAUCUAUCUAUCUAUCUCUGUUCGUACAUAUAUAUCUGUCACAAUCUGUUCGUAUCUUUCUUUCAGUAAUAAUAUACAUAUCCUUUCUUUAUUUUCUCUUCUCUAUUUUCCAAUAAUUCCUUGCCAUUCUAUCUUUUUCUUUCUUUCUUUUAUACUAUUUCAUGUAAUGCCACUAGUAUUUUCCCUUGCGAAUUUUUCACUUGAUAUUUUUUUCGUAAUUAUCUAUCUAUCUAUCUAUCUAUCUAUCUAUCUAUCUAUCUAUCUAUCUAUCUAUCUAUCAUAUCUCCUGUUCUUCACUAUCUAUCUAUCUAUCUAUCUAUCUAUCUAUCUAUCUAUCACAUCUUUUCUUGUCAAUCUAUCUAUCUAUCUAUCUAUCUAUCUAUCUAUCUAUCUAUCUAUCUAUCUAUCUAUCACAUUAGCUAACUAUCACAGUCUGUUCUUUAUCUAUCUAUCUAUCUAUCUAUCUAUAUAUCUAUCUAUCUAUCUGUCUAUCUACCUAUCUAUCUCUCUACAUAUCAUCUCCAGCAUAUUUUUUAUAAUCUAUCUAUCUAUCUAUCUAUCUAUCUAUCUAUCUAUCUAUCUAUCUAUCUAUCUUCUUUUCUUUUUUUCUUUCGUCUGUACUGUUCUUUCUUCAUUAAUUUUGUUUUCUUUACGAGUUUCUGCUAAUGCGGUUAUUUUAAAACGAAAGCAAAACGCAAAACACUCCUUUAUAUUUCUGAACUCCCCGCCAAGAUGCCUUCUGAAAAAUAUCUUUCAUACACGCAAGAACAUUAAUUCAAUCUAUCUGUUUCCAUCACUGAUAAGGGCUCUCUCUCUCUCUCUCUCUCUCUCUCUCUCUCUCUCUCUCUCUCUUCAUCUUUUUAGUUAA